AUUACACGUAGGAAAACUUAUCUACUCAAUCAAACGACGUCGUAAAGUACGUACACUUUUCUAGUUCUACAAAUGGCGUUGUCGGGAAAUUCGCCGGUGACGAUAGAGCGCCGCCGAGAACGAUGCUUCAUUUUCGAUUUCGGAUCCGGUUCGGAAACUCUAAAAACCCGCUAAAUCGCAUUCCUCCAAUUCAUCUUCAAUUCAAGCUUCUUCAAACCCUAGCUAUGGCGGAUGUUCCUCCCAGUACCGGAAGACUCGUUUGUCCAUCCUGUUCGAAACCGGCUCGUAUCUGUCUCUGUUCGCGGCUCCAAAACCCUAGUCUCGAGAACUCAGUCGGAGUAAUCAUUCUUCAACACAGUUUAGAGAAAAAGCAUCCGCUAAAUUCUUCUAGAAUCGCAAAAUUAGGUCUCAAGAAUGUCGCGAUCGCUACCGUUUCCGACGUUAAUUUCGAGGCUCGAUUCACUAUUCGGUUGCCUGAACUAAAUUCUGAUGAAGAAUUUAGCUUCGGAAAUGGUCAAAAUGCUGCUCAAAAGCCUCAAAUUCAAGUACAGAAUCGGGAUGAAUCUCUAGUUGAUAAACCUACUUGCACAAAAUCUGACGAAGGAGCUGCGAUUACCGCUACGAUUGGGAAAUAUGGCGUCGUUAACUCAUUCGAUCACAUCUGGAUGCAUCAACCGAGUUUGCAGGAUCUUAAAAUCGAUGAGGUUUUCGCAUCUCCAGAAAUUAGGGCAUCAAUGGCGAAAGGAUUCAUCGUGAAGAAACUGCAGAAGCGGCAGGUGGAUGAAAGCAAGGAGCUAGAGGAAUAUGCUGAGUUCGAAAUCGAGGUUCCUCCCAAGUCAGUACUACUUUUUCCCUCUGAUAAUGCUUUUACAGUAAAUGAUGAUGAUGUUCAUGGUAGUGAUUUUCAUGUCAAUAAUUUGAUAGUUUUAGAUGGAACAUGGGCAAAAGCUAAGAGAAUGUACAAUGAAAAUCCUUGGUUGAGGCUUUUGCCUCAUAUGAAGUUGGAUUUAGAGAAGAUGAGCUUGUAUAGUGAAGUUAGACGUCAGCCUAAGACUGGUUUUUUGUCCACCAUUGAAAGCAUUGUCUAUGCCUUGAAAGUAAUAGGUGAUCACCCUGAGGGGCUGGAUGAUUUGUUGGAUGUUUUUGAAUCCAUGAUAGGAGAUCAAAGGAGAUGUAAAGAUGAGAGGUUGAGAAUCACUACUCAAAUUUAAGAUUUCCUCCGAAUCAAAAUGGGCAACACUGGGUUUGGUUCUCGAUGAAUAUGUAUUGACCGACGAGACGUCGAGAAGUGAGUAGUAGGCUUCUAUUGCUAUGCAAUGAUAGACAGGAUUUGUA